CCAUGUGACUGAUCACAUGACGGUGACAUCAUCACAGGUCCUGUAAGUACACGGCUCCUCUACAGAUACAGGUUUCUCCAAUCCAGGAUCCUCUGCUGAUAUCUUCUAUAUAAGAGAAUUCUCCUGGAUGACCCAUCAACCAUGGAGAGAGACAGGAACAAGAUGGCCGACAGGAUCAUAAACCUCACCCUACAGAUACUCUUCCGGCUUACUGGAGAGGAUUACACAGUAGUCAAGAAGUCCUCUAGUGGGCGCUGUCGGGCCCCUGUGUGUGAAGGAUGGGGAAGAACCCUGAGCCCAAUCCCGGGGUCCCCACCUCACUCCCUGAUACAUGAGGAAAUGGAUGAACAGAAGAUCCGAGAACUCAUCAACAAGAUGGUGGAGCUGCUGACUGGAGAGGUUCCUAUAAGGUGUCAGGACGUGGCGGUCUAUUUCUCCAUGGAGGAGUGGGAGUAUGUAGAAGGACACAAGGAUCAGUACAAGGAUCAGGUCAUGAUGGAGGAUCAGCAGCCCCUCACAUCACCAGUCAAAUCCUGUAAGAAAACAGCACCAGAGAGGUGUCCCCGUCCUCUUGAUGAGCAGAAUAUGGAGGACAUUCCUUUAGGGAAAGAUCUGAUCUAUAUUAAUGGUACAUAUAUAAAGGAAGAAGAAGAAACAAAUGUGAGCAGCGAUGAGCAGUAUAAGGAGAACAUUCCUACAGAGAAAGAUCUGAUCUAUAUUAAUGGUACAUAUAUAAAUGAAGAAGAAGAGACAGAUGAGAGCGGUGAUGAGCAGUAUAAGGAGGACAUUCCUACAGACAAAGAUCUGAUCUAUAAUAAUACUACAGAUAUAAAGGAUGAAAAAGAAGAGACAGAUAUGAGCGGUGAUGAGCAGUAUAAGGAGGAUUUUCAUACUGAUAAACGCCCAGGUGAGUAGUAACAACUGAAUAUAGAUACACAUUAAUAUAGAGUCACAGAUUCUUCUGCUGAAGUAAUUGUGUAGAAUCCUUUAAUCUCUGUGUCCUGUCUCUUUCCUGCUGUAUAUUCUUCUAAUGUAAACUAAUAUGAUACUACAGCUGGAACAUGGACAUAUACCAAUAUAAUAAUAAUAUACCAAUGUGUACGAGGCCGAUUUCUUCAAUGGGCACUGUCAGAUACAAUAACU